AUGGUUACGAAAUUAACAUUCAAAGGAGAAAAGCGGCGCAAGCCAAGGCAGGAUGAUGAACGAAAGAGACGCAAAAAAGACACCAAGACUGAUUGUCAAGAGGCACCUGUGACUUUGACCUCAGUCAAUGGAGUUCCCACCAAUAUCUAUGAUGUUCCUAGAGAUUAUCUAGAGUAUGGCUGGACGCUGGCGACCUCGCACAAAGAUCUAAAUGGGCCAAUAAUGAUUUGUUUUGACCGUUCUGAUCAUUUUGGGUGUCUUCAAUAUGACGAGAAAUUCGGCCUCAUUGCAGCAGAGGAGAAGAAGGUGGAUAUAGCGGAAGAUGCCAUUAAUUUCGUGGAUUUCGAACCCAAAUCACCGCUGUUUAAACUUGAGCCUCGGGAAGUGACUCAGGUGUUAAGUGUGGUGAACAUCGAAAACUUCCUUAGGUUAACACAGCAAACUGAGACUGUCUCUGACGAUACACUAAAACUCGCGCUGAAGAACAGCGAGGGGAAGUAUCUAUCCUACGAUGACGACGCCAAUACUUUAGUUCAGACUGAUGUUUUGACAGAGAAUGCUAUAUUCAAUUUACGGGCCAAUACUGACAACCUUGGAUUCUUUAUUUCCGUGGGGAAAAUGGACUCCAAGAACAAACUAAUAGUUACAAAGGAUCUUAAGUUUAGAGUAAUUCAAGACACCGACGAUCUGCUUGAUGACAUGAACAUCUAUCACAUUCGCGUACAGACAAGAAAUUCAGAUACCGGCAGGAAGAUCAUUGCUUCAUUGGAUCUCAAAAAUGAGAGUCGAGAUCAAUUUUUCAACGACCCAAAACAUAACGAAAUGCUCAACAGGGCGGUCAAGGAACUUGCCAAAAACGGGAUGAAAAUCACAAACUCGCUACUGUCCCAGAUCAAGCGCGCAGUUGAGGAAGGAAACCUUAACGAAUUUCUUAUCACAGUUAAGGAAAAGAUCAAGUCUGAUCGCAGGGCAUAA